GGCUUCCUCUCCGCGUCCAACGGCCAUGGGCGCGGAGGCCCCGGCGGGCAGAGCCCUGUCGGCGCCGCGGCUUGUGGCAGCGGCUCGGGAGGAGCUGGGGGCCGGGGCCAGGCGGCGGUUGCCGGCGGCCCGGGCCUUGCAGCUUGCCGGGGAGGUGCUGGCGGUGGCGGCGGGGUUGAAGCCGGCGCUGCUGUACGACUGCGGCGCGGCGGGCCCCGCCGAGCUGCGGCGGUACUUGGAGCGGCUGAGGGAGGCCGGGCUGGCCCCGCUCCGCCUCCACGUGCUGGGUGUUGCGGGCUCGGCCUUGCUGCUGCACCCCGCGCUCGCCCGGCGGAGGUUGGCGGCCGUGCUGGGCGCGCACCCCGCACCCUUCAUGGAUGUCUCGGCGGGGCGGCAGUGCCCGGUUCUCUGCGGGCCAGCGCAGGCUGAGGCCAUCAGGGGCCAUCUUGCGACCCUCUCGGCCCACUUAAGUGCUGCUGAGGCCGCCAGCACCUGCCCCGUGUCCUCCAGCGAGGUUGUCCCCACAGGCUGGAAUCUCUGCACCGUCGUCGGGGUGCUGCUGGGCUACCCGGCGGCAUACACCUUCUCCAUGGAGGAGAGCACUGAGAACUGCCUGGCGCUGACGCCGCUGAGGGUGUUCACAGCCCAGGCUUCCUGCCCCAGGAUAAAGGACAGUCUCGGGGUCCAGAUCUACUCCUUCAGCAUCCCAGAGAGCCUCUGCGGGGAGCUGAAGGAGGCGCUGGAUGCCUGGUGCAAGGAGCUGAAGGAGGCUUUCAGUGCACAGAGUGACUUUGUAGGUCUCUGCAUCUCGAGCGAGGUGGUGUCUCUUCCAGCGGUUGCCUUGUAAAACACAAGCAAGUUCAGACUUCAUGGCCUUUCUCACUUGCAUCAUGGACUCAGGAGAGAGAUCCUGUACCCUAUGGGUGAAUUGUGAUGCUCUUGGGUCCCAACCUCGUAGGCUGGUUACAAACCAAAUGCAUGUGCUUCGCAGAAAACCAGCGUGGAUGUACACAUGUCGUGGUUUAAGCAUCCAUCCUGACUGCAGAGACUGCCCUGUGAAGUCAGGUUCUAUUUAUUUGCUGCCAACGGCUGAGGAUUAAUAAAGUGUUGGAACGCCGCAGUAUCUUGAA